AUGUAUGACAUUGGCUUUUCCACUCCCUACUGGCUUAUCACCUAUUACCACGUCAUUGGUAUCAUCUCAUUGCUGUUUGACGCAUUUUCCAUUUAUCUCAUUUUGUUCAAAAGUGAUAAAAUUGAUAACUUUAGAUACUUUUUUGUUAAAUUUUCAGCUUGUUGUUUUACUGAUAUCCAUCUAACGUUUCUUAUGCAACCUGUACCUUUAUAUCCAUUGGUAUCUGGGUAUAUUUUGGGAUUUUUCGCACAAUUUGGAGCUACUCCUCAUCAUUGUAUG